AUGUCACAAUCCCCCUCCUUGAAAAGACAAAAAUUAUCAAAGAAUGAAUAUUCAGGUUAUAUAAUUAAACCAGAAGAUAAAAUAGAUGAAAUUUCAAAAGAUAUCACACCAAUUGAAUUUUUCAACGAAUAUAUCAAACCAAGAAAACCAGUUAAAUUCAAUAAAGAAUAUUCGCAAAAUGCUCAAACGACAAAUGAAAUAUUAUCAAAUUUAUCAAAAUUUAAAUUUAAUGUCUUGUUAAAUACUUUGAAUUAUGAUGAAGAACUACAGUUACAAGUUGAAGAAAAAUUUGAUGGUGGAUUUGGAUUAGGUAAGAAAAGAAUUAAUAUGAAUAUAAUUGAAAUAUUUGAUGAAUUAAAAAGUGGUGAUCGAGAUUUAUAUUUAACUACCCAGUAUAAAGUUGGAGAUCAUGAUGUGAAUGACGUUGAUGAAGAGGCAAAAAUCUUGGAUGAGGAAGACGAGGAAGAAGAUGAUGAAGAGGAAGAUCAACAAGUCAUGUAUGAAAAUAUGUCAAAUGCAUCGUCAAUUGACAUGAAUAAUUUAAAAGACGAUUUUGAUGAAUUCGAUGAAGAAGGUGAUGGAGAAGUAGUAGAAGAAGAAGAUGGAAUCAACUUGGAGAAAGAAAUAGAACAUAAGCAAAGAAUAGAAGAAUUAUACCAACCACCAUUGACAAAUCUAGCCAAUUCAUCAAUAUUACCAACAAAUCCAUCCCUCAUACCCAACUUAAUCACACAACAAAUCAAUCUAUGGAUGGGUAAAAUAUCAACCACUACAAAAUUUGAAAUCAACUCAUCAAAACCCAUCGAGUCAUUAGAUAGAUCCAUCCCAUCUAAUGGAACAAGUUCAGGUUUACAUCAUGAUCAUGCUGAUAAUUUAUAUAUUUUGAUACAAGGUCAUAAAAAAUUUACCAUAUAUUCACCAAAUGACGCUGAAAAAUUAUUUACUGUUGGUGACAUUUUUAAAAUUUAUCAUAAUGGAUUAAUUGAUUAUAAUAGUGAUAAAAAUCUUGAAGGUUCAAUUCGAGAUGAUGGUGCUUUACUUGGAGAGAUUUUAUAUUGGAAGAGGUCAAAAGCUGAAGAUCCAAAGGAGAUUGAACAGUUGGAUAAACUUAUUGACAAGCAUGAAGAGGAACAAAAAAGUAUUAGGGAGCAAAAGUCGACGGAGGAAGCAUCAUCAGCAAAAGAUCCACCAAGUUUUUCAAAUAUUCCACCAGCUUUACUACACUUGGAUGGAAUCAAGGAUCCAAAAAUAAAAGAACAAUUAAUGGAAUUUUCAAACAAACAUUUCCCAGGAUUCUUAAACCUCAAUAAAAUGUCAGUUCUGUUAUAUCCAGGAGAAAUGUUAUACUUACCUGCAGGUUGGUUUCAUGAAGUAUCAAGUUAUGGUGACAUUGUCAAAGAGCAACAAAAUACUAUUGAACAGAUAAAUGAAGAAUCAUCAAAUAUUCAUAUUGCUUUAAAUUAUUGGUUUGUUCCACCAAAUAAUAUGGAUUUUAAUAAACCUUAUAAGGACCUGUAUUGGAAAGAAGAUUGGGAAGUUACUAAAAAGGCAUUGGAUGGAUUAGGUAAGAAUAAUAUGCAUAGUUAA